GAGCACCGGCGCGGGGCGAGGGGCGGCCGCAAGGACGGGGCUCCUCGGUGCCCUCCGCCAGCGGCCGCCGCCCACUAACACCCCUGCUCGCCGCCCUGCGAUCCCGCCCCGCCGCUGCCGGCCUUCCUCCGUCCCUCAGCCUGCUGUGCAUGCUGGAGAUGCAGAAAUCAUGUAGCAGAAAGCUUUGAGCAGCUGUGGAUUAUCAGUUUCUCCCAAGAGGAAUAUCAAGUGAAGGAUGAAGGCGACGGGAUUUAUUUCCCUGUGGACGUUGGUUUCGCUGCCUUGUGGCCCGUUAGCAAACCCCGCGGAACGUGAAGAUGUAGUGAAGCAUACCAUAAAGCUGCACCGUGGGAAAGGAGCUGUUAUCACUCAGAGGAAGCAGUGGGUGUUGGAGAGCUGCAGAAAACUGUCUGGUCUUCUUCGCCAAAAGAACGUUGUUCUCAACAAACUAAAAAAUGCCAUAAGAGCAGUUGAGAAGGAUGCAGGACUGUCUGAUGAAGAGAAACUUUUUCAGGUGCACACCUUUGAAAUUUUCCAAAAGGAGCUGAAUGAAAGUGAAAACUCAGUAUUUCAGGCAAUCCAUGGCCUCCAGAGAGCUCUACAGGGUGACUACAAAGAUGUUGUAAAUAUGAAAGAAAGCAGUAGACAGAGACUGGAGGCCUUGAGAGAAGCUGCAAUUAAGGAAGAAAUGGAAUAUGUUGAACUCUUAGCAGCAGAGAAACACCAGGUUGAAGCCCUUAAGAACAUGCAGCACCAAAACAAAAGCCUGUCGAUGCUUGAUGAAAUUCUGGAAGAUGUCAGGAAGGCAGCUGAUAGAUUGGAAGAGGAAAUAGAAGAGCAUGCCUUUGAUGACAACAAAUCUGUAAGAGGUGUAAACUUUGAAGCUGUUUUAAGGGUGGAAGAAGAUGAAGCCAGCUCCAAAACAAAUGCUUCAAAAAGAGAAGUAGAAGAUGACUUAGGACUUAGUAUGCUUAUUGAUUCUCAGAACAAUCAGUAUAUCCUUACUAAACCCAGAGACUCAACCAUUCCUCGUGCAGAUCAUCAUUUCAUAAAGGAUAUUGUAACAAUAGGAAUGUUGUCUUUGCCGUGUGGCUGGCUGUGCACAACAAUAGGAUUGCCAACCAUGUUUGGAUAUAUCAUCUGUGGAGUACUCUUAGGACCCUCAGGACUAAAUAGUAUUAAGUCUAUUGUACAGGUGGAGACGUUAGGAGAGUUUGGUGUGUUCUUCACUCUCUUUCUAGUUGGCCUGGAAUUUUCUCCUGAAAGAUUAAGAAAGGUAUGGAAAAUAUCUUUGCAAGGACCCUGCUACAUGACAGUUCUGAUGAUUGCCUUUGGUUUACUAUGGGGGCACUUGCUCCAAAUUAGACCAACGCAGAGUGUCUUCAUUUCCACUUGUUUGUCUUUGUCAAGCACACCACUGGUGUCCAGAUUUCUUGCAGGUAGUGUUCGAGGAGAUAAAGAAGGGGAUAUUGACUACAGCAGCGUACUGCUUGGCAUGUUGGUGAUGCAGGAUGUGCAGCUUGGUUUAUUUAUAGCUGUCAUGCCUACGCUUAUUCAAGCAGGAGUGAGCACAUAUUCCAGCAUUUUCAAGGAAAUUCUGAGAAUACUGAUACUGAUUGGCCAAAUUCUGUUUUCUCUGGCUGCUGUUUUUCUUCUAUGUCUUGUUAUAAAGACUUAUCUCAUAGGACCGUAUUACCGCAAGUUGCACACAGAAAGCAAAGGGAAUAAAGAAAUCCUCAUUCUGGGAAUAACUGCAUUCACCUUCCUUAUGUUAACGCCUUCUGAAAAACUAUACUGCUGGAGAGCAGAACGUGACGGUUGCUUGAUAAUGUUGUGGGUUUGACACUCCAUUAUCCUGAAUGUGCAGAUUGUUACAUCCCCCAAGAAUAAUUAAGCCUGUGCCUGUUUUCUAGGGGUGUUUGUUUAGUUACUACAGUCCAACAGGAAAACCUGACCUUCUUCAGGAAGAAUAAAAAGUUGUUGAGACUAUUGCUUUAGUUAAUGACUUCUUCUUAGAAGUUCCAUUGCUCUAAACGGCUAUUCAUAUUUCAAAUGUGUCCUCUAAUAAGAGAAGAACAAAACUAGUUUCACCUUUUUAGUUUGUAACAAGCAAACAUUACACUUGUAGAACAACUUUAAUAAAAAACGGCAAAGAAACCACUGAAGUUGUGUAAAAUAUUAUGGUACCAUGGCCGACGCAGAAUUGGGCUUCUUAUAUCCAAAUUGCAUUUCAAAUACACAAGGAGUUUGUCUGCAUGACUUUACACAAUACAUGUGUGUACACAAACAUGGUGGGGGGGAAUAUGUUUGAGUUUGUUGGAUUUAUACUGUAAACCCAGAAGGUUUCUUCAGCACUUUCAAAAUUUUUUCCUUUUAAAGUUGAUGAAUAAUUUAUCAAAGGGAAUGCUACAAAGUAUACUGCAGGUAACUUCAUUGAACCAGUUGAGAUGCUUGAUAUUCACUGACAUUUAUAAAUUCAUUAUAGGAAUGGUACAAGUUAUAGUUUGAACACAAACUUUAAAAAAAAAAUUAAAAAGUGAAAAAGUGUUUUCUUGUUGAGUUGAAUAGGUGAAUAAACAAACCUUCUGGAAAACCAGUGUUAAUUGGUAUAGGUGCUGUACUUUGUCAGGAAUACAAACAUAGGAUGAGUGAUUGCAAUCUAAGCUAAAAGUGUUUCAUAUCUUUGGAAAUGUUAAAUUAAAGUUUGGGUGCCAGGUAGGAAAACAAUUAAACUCUCAUGGAUUCUGCAAAGAUCUUUCUCCUUGGAAAGCCAAGGCUAAAUAUUGAAGGAUCUUUUGUAAUUAAUCUGCAAAUACAGAAUUUUCUGUACUGGUGUAAUUCUAAAAAAGCUUUUGAAUCUGUAGAGGAGAGAGUGCCUAUUUUCGCAUCCUUAACCAAAGACAACUCUGCAGCUCCAUUUAGAAAAUUUGAGAUACAUUUUUAAAUAAAAUAAUUUAACUCACUGUUUAGCAUUCUGUGUUACUUUGCAGGACACAUUCUUUCCAAUACACGAGAAAGAGACUAGGAAUGAUAAGGUGUUCCUGCCUCAUGCAUGUAGUUACUUAUUACAUGCUUCAGUGUUGGCUGGGUUUCUGGGGUCCAGCUAAGUUUAUUCUGCAUUUGGAUUAAUAUGUAACACCAGCACAUGUAAUGCUCAUUAUAUAUAAAGUUGAUUUAUUUUCCUUGGUUCCUGUGUUUGAAAAGUCUCAGAUGAUUAAUUAAACAAGAAUUGCCAUUUCCCUGCUGAUAAGGGCAAAUUCUGUAUGGGAGAAAAGAGGGGAGGUGAGACAGAAGAGGUUGCUAUACUGCAGUGUGAGUAAGCAAUUUUCAUAUAAGGAUUAUCAUGUCAGUUGAGGAGCUUUGAGUAUGGUUCUGACUUUUGAGCAUUUCUGAACUUGAGUCACUUGGAUAACACUGCAACUUGUUAUACCUGCAGAUAUUUUAGUAAGACUUGGAGCUUUUGAUACCCUUUCUGUUCUCAGUAUUCCAGAAAUAAUUGAACUUCCCCUCCCUUUUAUUCUUCAAUUAGUUAGGCAAAUCAGGGCUGGGAGGUGGGGAUUGUGUCAAGUGCCAAUCCUGUAACAGUGUAGAUGACACUGAGACCAAGUUGUGCAUCUCUGAAUCGUGUGCCUUGUCUUCAGUAACAAAGGUUCAGUAGAUCAUUAUUGUACUUCUUAGCAACUCUUUUCAAGCUUUGAGUUAUGCAGGUAGCGGUUUGAUUGUUUAUUUGUUUGUUUUAAUUGGUGAACUGUUCUCCUGAAUUGCAACAUAAGGAACAAAUCUAACUUAGGGUUUUAAACAUGACCAUUCAAGAUCAAUGGCCAAACUGGUAGUUGUAAGUCAAGGUAUUUACCAGGAUGAGCUGAAGAAUAUGUGAGCCUAAGCAUUCAGUGGGGUGCUGUUGCUUUUUCAUCUUCUAUAUGUACAGAAACUUUACGAGGAAAAUUGUUUUAAACACUGUCCUGAUAGUGAAGUGCUGUAUUGGAAACCUGUGGAACAACAAUAAUCAGUUUUUCCAUUUUUUAAAACUGGAAUGUUAUAGGGGAUAUGGAAAAAUAUAAAACCUGACCUGACAAGAAGGACAGCAGUUACUUUACAUGUUCAUAGGACUGUGCAUACAUGUGGGGGAAAAGUGACUUCUAGUUUCACUUGCCUGAUGGUUGACCUGGGAUGCUGGCAGCAAGUGGAGGCAAAUUGCCAGUUUACUUUAUAUACCAAAAAGAAAAUACAGUGACGUUAUUGCAGUACUUUCCAUAUGAAAAUGUACAAUGUUUUUCUGCAGUGUCUUAUGGAUAUCAUUACUAGUACUGGAAUAUCAUUCUUUGCUUGCCUGAAGUACUUCUCAAUGGCUUAUAAACUGCUUAUGAACUCUUUUCUAUCACUUAAAAGAAGAUUAAGGAAGAACUGUAAUCUCAAAUAUUUUAGUUAAUUAUUUCAUAAAACACAAUUGAGAUACAGCUUUUACAAGGUUCACUUAAAAUUGUUUCGAUUUCCAUUACAGCUUCACUUUCUAGAAAUGCAAUCUUAAAAUUCACCUCUUUACUCUUGAGCAGAUCUAAGUUACUAAAGCCUGAUAUUCUAAUACUUUUAUUUACACCAAAAUUUUAUUUAAUUUUACUGGCUUACCAUAUUCAUUAAGCUUCUGGAUGAUUAAAGAAUAGCAAUAAGAUAGACAUCAUUGGAGAAUAUAAGCAAAAGAACUGCUGAACAGAUGGCUGAGAUUCGCCCAGAACAUGUUAUAGCGGUAAUGUUUAAUUCUUUAUUUAUUGAUGUGGUGGAACAUUUGAACAUAAAAAUCCAUUAUUCUAGUGAAAGCAAACCAAUCCUUUUUGAAUUGGAGUAAAAUGGGACCCUUGAAUGUAACUGAAAACUUAGUUGUGCUGAGAAAAACAUGUGAAUUGACAAAGUUUUUCAUGUAAUUUUGACUGCAAAAGCUUUCUGUAAUGUAAGAGUUGAGAAGAGGACAGUGCAAAGCCCAGGGAUUAGUAAUGGCUAAAGCCCUGUGGGUAAAGGUUGAACAUCAGAAGUGAUGCAAGCAGAGAGGGAAUACUAAAUGCCCAAUACUCUCCAGGUUUUGCUUAUGUAAGAAACUGCUGCAAAUGCCUUCCUGCCAGUAAAACAAGUCCUCUCCAGUAUGUGCAUGCACAUGUGCCCAUACAUUAUAUAUAAUAAACCCUGAUGCUACAGUUUAGCUGAGGAAAUGUGUCCACUUGUAAGUAAUACCAUGGGACAACCAGCGACCAAGAUGGGAAUUGUAAAAGGAAUUUCUGUACAAAGCUACGUAUAAAAGGUGGGACUCGAUCUCAAAGGUCUUUUCCAACCUGGUUCAUUCUGUAAAUCUGAAGAACAAAUUGGAGGAGGGGAGAGAGUGUUAAGAAGAUGAUGUAAUUUUUCGUUCUUUUCUUGCUCUCUGACACACUUUACACUUUUCUGUUAUGUAGAGUGACCUAUGGAUUUUGUAGAGCUGGAGUUGGGUAGUACCCAGAGACUAGACAAGAAACAGUAAAACUUGCCUGUUUUUUAACCAGGCCUUUGAGCUUAUACUUGCCUUGCCAUAAACUGAAGGAAUGUAAUUCAGUUUUUAUGCUGUGGGAGCAAAUUCCCAGUUAGACAUGCAGUUUGCUCCAGUUAUGUCUGAUGCUUUCUGAACAAACAUAAUUCUUUCACACUCAAAUUGCUCCUUGCUUGAAGAGUGAUUCUCACAACAGUGCAGUAUCAUGCAAUUCUGGUACAAGUUACACUGCAUGUCUUCCUUUGGGGUAACCUAAUCCUGUCCAAGAGAAUGUUUAAAAUAUUAGCUAUAAAAGUUUUGAUGUAGAGCUCUGUUGCAGUUGAUAGCACUUAAGUAUGGGAAGAUUAUAGCUGACUAGUAAAAAUAAUUCCAGCUUUAUUGCUGUAUUGGAUCUUAAUCAUCCAAAAGAGGCUGUGGUUUUUAAAACAACUAUUGUAUGAUUGAGAAGAACUUAAAUGUUUCCUAUUCAUAACUGUUUCCUUAAUUUUAUCCAUCUCUUGGUGAUUUUAAAGUCCUUCAUGUAUAUAUUAUCUUCUUCCCUCUUACAAUUUCAAAUUGUUCUAAAAAGCACUGAAAUUCCUUUUGGUUUAAAAUGAGAAUUGCAUUACCUUGUUUGCUUUGUGUGAUCAGCAACUAAUUAUAUUAGUUGACAGAAACAAUUUAUCACCUCAAAUAUCUUGGAAUAAAUUACAGACUGUUGUAACAAAUGCACUUAUGUGAUGAGCAUUCAGACAUUAUUACUUCCAU